AUGGAAGCUCCCCGCGCUAGACCUGGCCGCUUGGCGCAGCGCGUGCGUUGCGAUUUUUCAUUUUGAGGUCGCGAGUUCGAUACCCGCAAGCGUCAGUUUUUUGUUUUCUGGAAAAUACUGACUUUUUCGGCAAACUAGCAAAUAUUCAUCAUUUUAGCACUCUAUUAUGAUUUGUUACAUCAUAAUAGACCAGUAUCAAAACUUGUUCUAGAAGAAAAAUCGAGAAAAUGUUAAAAAUGGAUAAUACCAAAAUUUCAGUACUAAAAAAAUGGUGCGCGGCGCGCCACAUUUUUCGUCAUAACUUUUUUCAUCCUCAAUCUUUUUGAAAAACUAAACGGUUCUGAGUUUUGAAUCGAAACAGCUAUCAAACCAUACAAAGCUCGAUGCUGAAAAAAAAUUUUUGAAAAUUCGUCUGCGGUCCCUAAAAGGAGGAUAAAAUUUUAAAGCCUUAUACGUCUGUGAACUUUUUUCUCUCACCGGAGAUGAUACAAGAGAAGCCGAGAGAAUAGAGGGCGCAGACAGUUUUGUAUGUCUCAAGCCAUGCUGAAUGGUGUAUGAUGAAAAAAAAAUUCGAAAGUUUUAGCAGAAAAAAAAGCCGAUUUUAUCUUAGAUAAUAUUUUUCAGGAACAACUUCGGACAGCACCUUCUGACUUUCGGAGUCUAUUCCCUCCUCUUAUCCUUCUGCUACCGAUAUUAUGUGAUAACAAGACAACCUCCAGAACGACGUACGAUUCUAACAAUCCUCGCGUUAGUAUAUAUCCCCUCAUUCAUUCAAUUGGUUGGACUUCGUUUCCAUUUUUGAUCUACUCCUCACUCUCAGAUUCUGUCUCUGAUCAUGGUCAGUCCCGAAGAAGAGAUGCGACGGAUUUUCGAAGAAGCAUAUCCUCAGUACAAGUCGGAGAACGUCAUGAUCAGUGGGGUGGCCGAUAUUCGGGAUAUCUGGCCCGCGGUCGCCAUUUCACAUGCAAUUUUUUCCAUUAUUCCAAUUUACGCGGCUAUUUUUGUUCUUCGACAGAAAAUAUCGAAUCAACUCAAUAUUCCUCUGCGAAUCAGUUCGGAGACGAAAAGCAUGCAGAAGCAGUUUUUGAAGGUUGGUGAUUACCUUACGAAUAUCGGCUCCUAUUUAAAACUAGUACAUUUCAAAAUGAACUAAACGCUAAAAUGUGUGAUUUUUAACGUUUGUCAAGUUUAAAUGGACCUUUCAAAGGCAAUUUUUCUGAAGGAAAAUCAAAUUUUCCUUUCCCAUUAACUUAUCACUCGAAAUAAACUUUUAAAAUCCAAGUCUCAGCAAGGAAAUAAAAAAAAAACUAAAAUCAAUCUGUCGCCAUUUUUCAAUUUUCAAAAUUGACUCCCACAAAGAUCUUCCUAUAAUCGAAUUCACGUGGUACUUCAAAGCUUAAAAAUAAUAUUUCAAGAAUCGGUCAAUUUUUCUUUAGAAGUAUUUUCAUUUUUUCUAAAAUGAGUUCUCACCUGCUUUUAUACCUCAAAAGAAAUUUUUGUCGCUGGUACUCAGUUAUAAGUAGUUUCAAAACCUCAAAACUGUCCCUUUCCAGAAAAUUUUUCAAAAUUUCAGGCUCUCACGAUCCAAACGUGCAUUCCGAUGUUCAGCAUAAUCGCCAUCUCCACCUUCGCCAUUGGUCAUUUGAAAAUAUUCAACCAUCCGGCUUUAGAAUAUUCGACCCCCUUUUCUCUGCUUCUAACGCCAGUCGUAUCCCCUUUAGCCUCAUUAUAUUUCGUACAUCCUUAUAAAAAUAAGAUUAUGAGCUUGGUUCUGAGAAGAAGCUCCGUUUCACAAAAGUCUGCCCCCGUUGUUUCCUACACGCUUUGAAAAUAAGUUACUAUUCGAAAUUAGUAGACUUUAGACAACUUUUUUUUGAUAAUACUGUCAUUUUUGACGUUGCCGGGAAAAUAAACUAUUUCGUCUCGUUGUCAAUGUUUUCAAAUAAUGGCUCUAAAAAUUACCUGGUGUAAAUUAAAGAUCUUUUGUAAACUGAAAAAUAUUUCAUGUUUUCCUUCUCAUGCAUAAACAAGAAGAAACGUGUUUCUUGAAGCUGAAAAAGGGCACAUUUUAUUUUUUUAAAAAAAGAAAUGUUUCUGGGAAAAUUUUUAGUGGCCACUAUUGAGGCUCGCCCAGGACUACUUGGAGAAGACACUAAAGUGGCCACUAAACCCAUCUCUAUAGUGACCACUAUUUUCCGUUCUAGUGGCCACUUCAGUAGUUUUUCAUCCAGUAAUCCUUCCAGUAACUCUGAUAAUUUUUAAACAAACAGAUUGGACCAGUUAUGUUGAUUCAUUGAUCCCUAAAGUAGCCACUAAAAUUUUUAGUCGUCUAGUAGUAGCACUUAGACCUUUAUAGUGGCCACUAAUUUUUAACCCCUCAAUUGGCCACUAUUUUGACUACUAUAGUGGCCUCUAAAACGUCUAAACUCUAUAGUGGCCACUAAAGUUUUUCUCAGUAAGAAAAAAAUAUAAUGAGCUCAUGGACGAAAAAUAACGACUGCAUUCCAUUAAUGAGUUGUUCCUAGACACGAAGUUUUUUUUUAACAUUUUUCUCAGUCUUCUACUCUAUUUCUCUUGAAAAAGGUAGUUUUUUUCGAAAAAAGGUUCAAAACGAAGGUAGUUCGAAAUGUUGUAAUCAUUUUUUCGAGUACAAUGAAUGUCCUGGGAAAAAUUUCGCAUAUAACUCGGAAUUUUUUGACUUUCUUCUCACUUUUAUGCCUUUUUAUCAAAGAUCAUUUUUUAUGUUGAAAGCGUUAUAAGUCUAAAAUACGUGAAUAAGUCAUUUUAAAAAGAAGUUUCUUUUAACAGUACUACGAAAGAAAGUUCCUCGAAUCUUUUUUUUAUGGACUACAGAGAACUUCACAAGUUCCCUGAUGAUUCAAUGAUCAAAAGUUAAAAAAAAACAAACUUUCAAUGCAAUUUUUCCACUUCACUUGACCCCACAAACCGAAUAAUUUGACAUUUUCGAGCCUUUUUGUAGUUUUAUGACUAUUAAUCUUUUAUUUGUUUACUAGGGCCGCAAAAUAUUUAAAAAAAGCUGAGAUUUUUCUUUGAACUUUUUUCGAAAAAUUCCCUCAAUUUUCAUAAAUCUUCCAACAGACCAAAAAGUGCAGCAAAAAACCUCCAAAAAAACGCCCUUCGAAAAAAAAAUAAUCAAAAAUUUUCACUUUAACUCGUCUGGGCUAUAAAAUUGAAGUUCCUGUCUCCAAAUUUAUUUUUGACUUUAUAUUUUGGCAUUUUCCUCCGAAAUUGUACUCCGUCUGACUCAACCCACUUUUCCUUUUCAAUUGCAAGAUCAAAAUCAUUUUUUCAGCUUCCUGGAAAAAAAAUGGAAGCGAUCAGGAUGCUUUUCUCAACGGCGCACGUUUUCAUCGCCCUUUUGGGCUGUACAUUCAAUUCCAUACUGAUUUACAUUGCCCUGUUCCACUCGCCGAUGAAAAUCCGCUCCUAUGCUACUUUGAUCGUCAACUUUGCUUUCACUGAUUUGUUAACAUGUGUCGCCGAUCUAUUCGUUCAGCAGAGGUUGGUUUUAUUGUUUUGAUGAUUUGUGGCCGCAUUUGGAAUGGCUUAGAGUGUUGGGGGCGCGAUUUGAAACUAUGCAACAUUCUCUCACACUUUUUCGGAAGCACUGUGAUUGACAAUAGUAGUUUUGAAAUGGCUGCUAAUAUUUUGAAGAAAAAACUUGAUCUUUUUUCUUUAACAUUUUAUCAGGCUAUUUUAAAAAUGAUAGCCGGAACCGCAGAGUCAUCCCAAAUGCGACCAAGAUCACGAAGAAUAUAUCUUCAGAUUGAUUCCUGUCGGAGAUUCUCUAGUCUACGUUUCCAAUGGAUUUUGCCAGUUCUUCGGACAUUCUGCCUGCUUCAUUGGGUUGGCUAUUUCAUUUUACAAUAAUAAAUAAAGUUUUCAGGUAUAACUUCAUGCUCCACCUUCUAACCCAUGGACUUUACUUAGGGACCGCAAAGCCACGCCCCUUUUCGCGAUAG